AUGUUCUACGGCACGAACUUUGGCGUCGGGAAGUUCAUCUACCACUCAGUGAUACCAGUCACGUUGGGAAACAUUAUCGGCGGCGCAGGAAUGGCAGUUUACGUGCUGUGGUUUAUGUACGGUAGAGACGGCACGUUGGCCACGAAGGCUGGCCAAGUGUACGGCGGAGAGAAGGUGGCGCAUGGUGGAGGUGGUAGUCGAGGACCCGGUCGAUCCGUCGACGACGACGCUAGGAACGAGACUGGGACGCCCAGUGAUUAUCACAACGGUACAAGACCUAGAAGACGGGUGUCGGACAUAGUUUAA